CCGGCUCGGCUUGAGAGGCUCGGCGCGGCUCUCCCCCUCGCCGCCGGCCGCCGCCAUGGAGGAGUGGCGCCAGUGCGGCCGCUGGCUGAUCGACUGCAAGGUGCUGCCGGCCAACCACCGCGUGGUGUGGCCCUCGGCCGUGGUCUUCGAGCUGGCGCAGGCAUUGCGCGACGGCGUGCUCCUGUGCCAGCUGCUGCACAACCUCUCGCCCGGCUCCGUCGACCUCAAGGACAUCAAUUUCCGCCCGCAGAUGUCCCAGUUUCUCUGCCUGAAGAACAUUCGGACUUUCCUCAAAGUGUGUCACGACAAGUUCAACUUACGGAACAGUGAGCUGUUUGACCCCUUCGACCUCUUUGAUGUGCGGGAUUUUGGAAAAGUGAUAUCCGCUGUCUCAAGGCUUUCUCAUCACAGCAUCGCUCAGAACAAAGGCAUCAGGCCGUUCCCGUCGGAGGAGACCACAGAAAAUGACGAUGACGUCUACCGUAGUUUGGAGGAACUGGCUGAUGAACAUGACCUGGGAGAGGACAUUUACGACUGUGUCCCGUGUGAAGAUGAAGGGGACGACAUCUACGAGGACAUCAUUAAGGUGGAGGUCCAGCAGCCCAUGAAAAUGGGCAUGACAGAAGAUGACAAAAGGAACUGCUGCUUGCUAGAAAUCCAGGAAACGGAAGCCAAGUACUACAAGACGCUUGAAGAGAUAGAAAAGAAUUACAUGAAUCCGUUGAGGCUGAUACUGACGCCGCAGGACAUGGAAGCGAUAUUUAUCAACUUGGAGGAACUCAUCAAAGUGCACUUCAGCUUCCUGAGGAGCAUCGAUGUCUCCAUGAUGUCUGGCGGCGGCACCUUGGCCAAAGUGUUCCUGGAGUUCAAAGAGAGGCUCUUGAUAUAUGGCGAGUACUGCAGCCACAUGGAAUAUGCACAAACCACGCUGAACCACCUCAUGGGCAACCGGGAAGACGUCCGGCAAAAAGUCGAGGAAUGCACGCUGAAGGUGCAAGGCGGGAAGUUCAAGUUGCAGGACCUGCUGGUGGUGCCGAUGCAGCGGGUGUUGAAGUAUCACCUCUUGUUAAAAGAGCUCCUCAGCCAUUCGUCAGAUCGGCCGGAGAAGCAGCAGUUGAAGGAGGCUCUGGAGGCCAUGCAGGACUUGGCCAUGUACAUCAAUGAAGUCAAGCGGGACAAAGAGACGCUGAAGAAAAUCAGUGAAUUUCAGAGUUCGAUCGAGAACUUGCCGGUGAAACUGGAGGAGUUUGGCAGGCCCAAGAUUGACGGCGAACUGAAGGUCCGGUCGAUCGUCAACCACACGAAGCAGGACAGGUAUCUGUUUCUGUUUGAUAAAGUGGUGAUUGUCUGCAAACGGAAAGGCUACAGCUACGAGCAGAAGGACAUCGUUGAGCUGCUCUGCUACAAGAUGACCGACGACCCCACAAACAACAAGGACAUAAAGAAGUGGUCGUACGGCUUCUACCUCACUCACCUGCAAGGCAAGCAGGGAUUCCAGUUCUUCUGCAAGACUGAAGACAUGAAGAGGAAGUGGAUGGAGCAGUUUGAAAUGGCCAUGUCCAACAUUAAGCCGGAGAAAGCCACAGCAAACAACCACCAUUUCCAGAUGUACACGUUUGACAAGACCACCAACUGCAAAGCCUGCAAGAUGUUUUUAAGAGGGACUUUCUACCAAGGCUAUCAGUGCAUGAAGUGCAAAGCCGGGGCGCACAAGGAGUGCUUGGAGAUCAUCCCACCCUGCAAAAUCAGUUCUCCUGCGGACCAGGAUUCACUGAAUGUAGGUCCCAAAAUGGUGUCCGUCCAGAAUUAUCACGGCAGCCCGGCCCCUCCGGGGAAACCGGUGCUCACCUUCCAGAUGGGGGAGGUGAUCGAGCUGCUCAGAGGGGACCCGGAGUCGCAGUGGUGGGAGGGAAGGCUAAUAUUGUCCAAGAAGUCUGGCUAUUUCCCCAGCUCGUUGGUCAAACCCUGCCCGGUGGAUGCCAGGCCCCCCAACAGCCGGCCUCCGUCGCGGGAGAUGGACUACUCCGCGUACCCCUGGUUUGCUGGCAACAUGGAGCGGCAGCAGACCGACAACCUGCUGAAGCUGCACGCUAGCGGGACGUACCUGAUCCGGGAGAGGCCAGCCGAGGCCGAGCGCUUUGCCAUCAGCAUCAAGUUUAACGAUGAAGUGAAGCACAUUAAGGUGGUCGAGAAGGACAGCUGGAUCCACAUCACGGAAGCCAAGAAAUUUGAAAGCCUCUUGGAACUUGUGGAAUACUAUCAAAGCCAUUCGUUGAAGGAGAGCUUUAAGCAGCUCGACACGACGCUCAAGUAUCCGUACAAGUCCCGGGAGCGCUCGGCCUCCAGAACCCUGACUCGGUCGCCAGCUGCCUCCUGUGCUUCCUACAAUUUUUCCUUUCUCAGUCCUCAGGGCCACAACUUCACUUCUCAGAAUUCCUCCACUCCUUUCUGGUCAGUCUUCACGCCUCGGGCCAUAGGGACGGCAGUGGCCAGGUACAACUUUGCCGCGCGGGACAUGCGGGAGCUCUCCUUGCGAGAAGGGGACGUCGUGAAGAUCUACAGCCGGAUCGGCGGCGACCAGGGCUGGUGGAAAGGAGAGACCAACGGGAGGAUUGGCUGGUUCCCUUCGACUUAUGUGGAGGAGGAGGGCGUGCAAUGACCGUCGGACGUGCGGGUGCCGUCGGCAGACACCCAGAGAAGCCUGUGCAAGCAGUGCGUGUCCGUCCCUGGGGCUCCACGUGAAAGUGACUGUGCCUUUCCCAGCACUAACUGUAGACACACGAGAGCCUAGCUUGGGCCCAUUUUGCAGAUCUGUAAAAGUGUGGGUGAGAGAGAAAGAGAGCGAGAGCAAGCGCGCACAUGCACACACACAACAGCGUGGCUCGUAUGCACGCAUGCGCCUUGUCUGUGGGCUUGGGAGGGGGUUGGCUGCUUCUCAUCGACGGCUUCGCUUGUACAUAAGAUAUCGACGUCUGAUAUCGGGUGAUGUUUGGGGGAAGCCACGGAGCGCCCGGCGGGAGACCAGCUUGGCGUGUGAGGCAGGAGGUGGCCCCUGCGGCGGAGGCUGCAUCAGACCACGGCGGGAGCGGCGGAAGGCGAGGCUGGAGGGAGCCCCUUGUCCCAGGGCAGGGGUGCCAGGGGAGGGGAAGCCUCUUCCUGCCGGGCUUUUGGGGCGGCCCUGGGAGAUUGCCCUGGAGCGAGGGUCCCGGGGCAUCCGGAAGGCGUCCCUCAGGCUGAGAUGCUUCGGUUGACAAAUCCCCCCGCCUUCCACGGCAGCAGUGUGACGUGACCACGGCUUCCAUGGCCCAGAGGACAGAAGGCCCGUGGCUGGGCGGCUCCCUCCCCGGGCCCCAGAUUGGCACUGUCUCUCCCGCCCCUUCACGCAUUCAUCACUCAAGGGACGCCCCGGGGAAGCCUCUGCCGCCAACUGGAAGCCCCCCGCCCUGGCCUCACCCACGUGCCGCGCGCUCUCACCUGACCGAAGCCCCUGGCGCUCAGCACGCCAUCGCGGCUCUCCUCUCCCUCACGCCCGGAGCGAUUUCAGGUCCUGCCGGUGCUGCCGCUGGCUGCACUCAUCCGAAAAAUCAGCCCAUUUCACCAUUUCUGUUCGUUUGUUCAUUUGCUUUCAAAUUGGUUGCUCUUCACAUUUGCAAAAAAGGUUUGUUUUUUAAUCCCUCCAUAGAUGUCCACACACUGGCCACCUUUCUGGUAAGGGCAGGAAUUGUCAAGGGACGUGAGUUCUACAUAGGAUGUGCGAACCUCCCCGUCUCCACAACACACACACACACACACACACACAGCAUUUCUGCUCGCCUGAUGGAAACUCCUUAGGCUUUUCCUCCCUAUCAUGGAUGUCCCCAUCAAGCACCACCUCGCAUGGAACAUCCCUCUCCACAUGUGCUUUCAGAUACGUGCGUGCCGCCCUGUGGUUUUCUGGCAGCACCCGGAGCCCCGGAACGAUUUCCCUUCUUGCCAGGCUCCGACGCGCUCCGUCGCCUGGAUGGGGCUCUGUCACAGGACAGGUGUCAGUCCAGGGGCCUCCUGGAAAGCAGGGGGGCUUCUUCCAGGGGGCUGCAAGACGGACGGAGGGAAGGCCAUCCCGUGUGACUUGGGGGGCGUGUUAGGGUGAAGGCGUUGCCAGAUGGCAGGCGCCGCCUCUGCCCCCGGACUCACGUAAGUCACACGGGUUCAGGUGUCUCUUCCUCGUCCUCCCGUGAGUCUGUACCGCCUGAGCUUGCCUCUGUUCCGUGUUUAUGGUGGCGGCGGGGAGGUAGGUGGGAUUGAAUGAUCCUGGUGCAACUGGACACGCCUCAUCUCAGGGCCUCUCCUGGGCCUGAAAACCAGAUCUCAGCUGCAUCACGUGCGCUGAUGGGAAUGGCGUUCCCCAGCCCCUCUUUCCCAUGGCAGGGCCCUGAAAACGUGCCUGUGGAUCGCAGCCUUACUUCUGAUUAAACACAGCUCUGGCAGCGCUGUGCAGGCGUUUUUUGGGCCACCUUCACAACCUGGCUCGGCAGCAGACCUGCUUCAUCCUCCUAAUCAAGCACACCCCUUGGUUUUUCCGGUCUGCUUCUGGGUUAGAAAAUGGCAGCCUGUUGUUCCACCCUCACCCCCCACCCCACCCCCCGCAGAUGUCGGAAGGGGCUCUUUGGAUGCCUUCUUUGCAACUCCUGUUUCCACAAAGGGAGAAGGGGAGGCCGCGAUCCACGUGUCCCCUUUGCCUGCCUGGCUGCCCCCUUCUUUGAACAGUUAAAAGCGGAGACUCCUGCACAAGUGUCCCUAUUCCAGGAGAGAGGAACUUGGAUACGUAUGUCUAAAAUUGAAAAUUGAUUGAGCAGCUGCAGCCAUAUCUCACGCGUGUUGAUUCAGAAGUGAGCAAAAGUUCUGUGUUCAAGGAGAUCUCUCCCCGCUUCGUAAGGCCAAAGAAGUCUCGGGAGAGAGGAAAGGGCACGGAAUGACUCCUUGGCCGGCAAACGCAGGGCAAAGAGAUGGAGGAUGGAGGGGUGUCCUCAACCUCUCACCCACUUCCUCCGGGGACAGCUGCUCCCACCGUGGCCCCGGUCACGCAUUUUCCUUCCCACACCUGCCGGAAGAUUGCCCUGCUGUUCUGCUUUCUCCCUCCUUGAGAUGGAUGCAGCCGUGAGAAAAACGUGGACUGAUCAUGGAUGGUUUGCUACGGGGCCUGAUCUUUCCAUAAAGUCCUGAGACUGAGACGGGACGAUCGCACAGUAAAAGCCACAUCCGGAAGCACCCAUAGAGAUCAGUGAAUUUACUCCAAAGAAAGUGUGCAGAGGGGCCUAGAGCCUUAAGCGUUCUGCUAGAAUAUAGAGAAGGAUCUCUUGGAAAACAGGAGAGAUCUCUUCUUCUCAUCGCCACACAGUUUUCGAUGCAGCACUUGGCUCUGCGUUGAAACCCCAGCUUGGUCACUCUUCAUGGUAAAUUCUGAACAAAAUCAAAAUAUUUCUUGCUUGGAAAGGGUUGCGCUGGACAUGAGGGGGUCUCUGUGUUUGCUGGUGGUGUAAGGGGUUUCUCCCACCCACCCACCCACACACCUAAGGAAUGGUUUUGUUUGUAACUAAUUAUUGACUGAAUUGUUGCCACGAUAUAUAUUUGUGAAUAAGAAAGGAAGUUUUUUUAUUAUGACAGUGAGAAUAUUGUACAUAUAUUUUAAUUGAUUUUACAAAAAAAAAAAAAAACAUUUUUAAAGAAUUGUAACAAUAGGGGGAAACGACAAUAUUUAAAUUCCUUGAUUUGA